UGCAAAAUUCUCUCAAAGUGGUUUUAAGAACAAGAGGCGCCAUCCUUCAGAUAACUUCGUCGCUUUCAUAUUCCGAGAGAAUGAGGCAGUGUAAAGGUUGGAGCGCGGUGCUGCUGGUGUUGUUGGGGCUCGGAUCUGUGGCCCAGAAGCUGCCUACGAGAGAUGAAGGCCUCUUUCAGAUGCAGAUCAGAGACAAGUCGCUGUUCCACGACUCCUCGGUCAUACCAGACGGAGCUGAGAUCAGCGGCUACCUUUUCAGGGACACGUCUAAACGGUACUACUUUGUGGUGGAAGAAGACAACACACCCCUGUCUGUGACCGUGACACCUUGUGAUGCUCCUCUGGAGUGGAAACUAACGCUACAGGAGCUUCCAGAAGAGGCCAGCGGAGAGGGAUCAGGAGAGCCUGAACCUUUGGACCAACAGAAGCAGCAGGUGACGGUGGAUGAGGGGACGGAGCUCUUCACCUACAAGGGUAACGACGUGGAGUCCUAUGUGGCCACCAGUACGCCUUCUGGUCUCUACCAGCUGGAGCUGCUGUCCACUGAGAAAGACAGCAACUUCAAGGUGUACGCCACCACGACUCCAGAGUCUGACCAGCCCUACCCGGAGCUGCCCUACGACCCCCGUGUGGAUGUGACCGCACUGGGCCGCACCACCGUCACUCUGGCCUGGAAGCCGACGCCAACGGGCUCCCUGAUGGGUCAGCCUGUGCAGUACUGCGUGGUGAUCAACAAGGAGCACAAUUUCAAGAGCAUGUGCGCUGCUGAGGCUAAAAUGAGCACUGAUGAUGCUUUCAUGCUUGCUCCGAAGCCCGGAAGAGACUUCAGCCCAUUUGACUUUGUGCACUUUGGCUUUGUUCCCUCUGACAAUGGUUUUGGCAAGGACCGAGGCCUCACGAGCAACAAGAUCUCACGGGCGUACGCAGCCAAACCUAAAGCGUCAGACAUUCAGAAGGUGUGCAUUGGCAAUAAAAACAUUUUCACUGUAUCAGACCUGAAGCCAGACACACAGUAUUACUUUGAUGUGUUUGCUGUGAAUUCUGCCACCAACACCAGCACGGCCUACGUAGGAACCUUCGCCCGCACUAAAGAGGAAGCUCGUCAGAAGACGGUGGAGCUGAAGGACGGCAAAGUAUCGGAUGUUUUCAUCAAGAGAAAAGGUAGCAAGUUUCUACGCUUCGCCCCUGUGUCUUCCCACCAGAGGGUCACUCUGUUUGUCCACACAUGUCUGGACGCCGUUCAGGUGCAGGUGAGGCGCGAUGGCAAGUUGCUGCUCUCUCAAAAUGUGGAGGGCGUACGGCAGUUCCAGCUGCGGGGAAAGCCAAAAGCCAAGUACCUGAUCCGCUUGCGAGGCAGCAGGAAAGGUGCCUCCACUCUGAAGGUGCUCGCCACCACACGACCCAGCAGCAAACAGCCUUUCCCUUCGCUUCCGGAGGACACCCGCAUCAAGGCCUUCGACAAGCUGCGCACCUGUUCCUCUGUCACCGUGGCCUGGCUGGGCACGCAGGACCGCAACAAAUACUGCAUCUACCGCAAGGAGGUGGCCGAUAAUUAUGGCGAGGAGCAGCGACGCCGGGAACAAAAUCAGUGCGCUGGGCCAGAAACCCGCAGGAAGUCAGAAAAAGUCCUGUGCAAGUACUUCCACAGCCCGAACCUGCAGAAAGCUGUGACCACAGAGACCAUCACAGGUCUGGAGCCAGGCAAGACCUACCUGCUGGACGUUUACGUGGUGGGACACAGUGGUCACUCAGUGAAAUACCAGAGCAAACUGGUGAAAACAAGGAAAUACUGCUAAAUGACUCUGCAAAGAAUAAAUCUAUUAUAAAUAUAUAUAUUAAAUAAGUUUAUUUAACUCUAAGUGAUAUUCUACUAAGGAGUGUAUACAGACUGACUACUCACACAGCUGAUGCGCCUGUGGCAGUGACUGAACUGUUUGUAGAGAGAGAUAUCAACCUGUAUAUUUAUGUUUACAUUUCAUCGUGGCACGUCUGGGUGGCCCAUAGCGUGCGGUGCUUUGUUACCAGGCUUGUCAUCUUGACAUCGUGUUGCCACUGGGGAGGCAGAACUUCAAACAAGAUCAUCUUUCAUCUCGUAUGUUUCUUUGUUGCUGCAUGACACUUGCUUUUGUCUGUCAUAUUUGUCUCGUCCUACAGUUACAAAUCACGUUGACUGUAGGGGACGCGGUAGCUGCCCGCUUUGUAUAGAUCUCUCACUGCAUAUUCACCACGCGUUUUAGGAGGAAAUUUAAAUUAUUUUAUACUUUUUGUCUCUCUUUUUCGAUCGUCUGUUUUUAUUGAUGACAAUAAUAACUGUUACAAGAAGAUUCCAGUUUUACGAGGAAGUUGUCGUAGUUCAGACAUUCCCUUACGUAUCUCAGCCAGUGUUUGCUCUAGAGCCCAUCUUGUAAAUGUGUUCUGUGCUGGAGAUCUGUGUUAUUAUCACUGUAUCGCUGUGUGUGCGUGUGUCACAUGUACAGAGCUGUCCUGCCAAUAUUCAUGUACAUAAAGACUAAAUAUAGAACAAGUAA